UAGUACACUAGUGUGGCGUCACUCUGCCAAUCCUUUGCUCUCCCUGCAUUAGCAUUAGCCACCACUGCAGGUGGAGCCUCUGCACCAGGCAGCAUCAGCCCUUCUAGUGCCAUGCAGAGUAGAGCUGAUGUUAGUCAGUAGUGUCUCAUACAAUUGUAGUACAGUGAGCUGUUGUGGUCUUGUGCCUGCCUGCCUGUGUCUGUCUGUCUGUCUGCCUUCCUGUCUGUCUGCCUGCCUGUCUGUCUGCUGAGGAUUUCCAUCUCCUUCCGGGAUACCCUCUUUCCCGGGGACACAGGAGGAGAGAGGAAGAGAGGAAAGAGCGUGCCUUGUUCGACCUUCGAAGCGGUUUCAGAGCGAGGAAGAAGGAGAGGAACGGGCGAGAAAAGCAGAAUCCAUCAGCUCUCUGUAAGUGUGUGUGGGAUGUUGUGUCAGGGCUAGAGCCCCUUCUUCUCCCAUGAGCCUGUGGGCCCACACACACACACGGCGCCCUCACAAACACGCACGCAAUCGACGCUGACGUUGUGAAGUGGACCCUCGUAGCCAGACCGGAGCAGAACCGGAUCGAACCGGCCGUUGGGCCGGCGGAGCGGAGCCUGAUGAUGUCAACAGAGGCUGAGCUACAGCCAGCUGUCAGGCCCAGCGUCAGGAGAGACUCCAGGAGGAAAGGGCAGGAUCGGAGCGAGGCCGGGUUGAUCAGGCGGUUUAAGGGGGAUGGCGUUCGCUACAAGGCUAAACUUAUCGGUCUGGACGAGGUCACCGCUGCACGCGGAGACAAACUCUGCCAGGACUCCAUGAUGAAGCUCAAGGGUAUAGCAGCGGCAGGGCGGUCGAAAGGAGACCACAAACAGAAGGUGUUUCUAACUGUCUCCUUUGGAGGGAUCAAGAUCUUCGAUGAGAAGUCUGGGGUCCUCCAGCACCACCAUGCUGUCCAUGAGAUCUCGUACAUCGCUAAAGACAUCACGGACCACCGAGCCUUUGGCUACGUCUGUGGGAAGGAGGGAAACCACCGCUUCGUAGCUAUCAAGACCGCUCAGUCAGCAGAGCCAGUGAUCCUGGACCUUCGGGACCUGUUCCAGCUCAUCUAUCAGAUCAAACAGAGAGAGGAGAUGGAGAAGAAAGCCCAGAAGGACAAACAGUGUGAACAGGCUGUGUACCAGACUAUUCUGGAGGAAGAUUUGGAGGAUCCUGUCUACCAGUACAUUGUGUUUGAGGCAGGACACGAGCCCAUCCGCGACCAAUCAGAAGAGAGCAUUUAUCAGGUUCCGACCAGCCAACAGAAGGAGGGGGUAUAUGACGUCCCCAAGAGACACCCAAAUAUCAACCAAUUAGAGCUUUUCGGAGACAUCUCCACACUCCCGGACAUCUACUCCCCCUCGACCCCUGCCUCUCCAGCCAACACCCUGGACCCGUCUCUGGGCCUGCAGCCCCUCCCAGAACUCUUCAACCCCUUCAACCCUGCCUCUGUACCCUCAGGUUAUGUGGCUAUGGGAGCGGUUCCUACAGGUCAGGUGUGGUCGCAGCAGGCUUUUUCUGCCCAGGCAGGUCCUCUGUUUGGGGUCCAGUCCCCCCUGGGUCAGUCCCUCCCUGUAGCCCAGGUCCUGCCUGGAGGCCAGCCUCUCAUCUGGGGCCAGGCCAACCUCUUCCCUGCUACACAGCAGCAGUGGGCCGCUAUGACGGGAGCAGGGUUCCCUGCUACAGCCUACCUCCCAGCCCAGCCAGGAUCUCUGCCUGCCAUGCCUGCCAUGUUCCUCCCUGUCAAUCAACCCUGUGACAGCCUAUCAUCUGGCAGCGCUGCCUCUAACCCCGCCCCCUCAUCAGCCUCAAGUCCACAGCAUGCAGAGAGGCAGCGGCAGAAGAUGAGCAAGGAGAUGUUUAAGGACUUCCAGCUAGCGAAGCCCCCUGCCAUGCCUGCUAAGAUGGGGGACCAGCACCCCUGUCUAGCUGGGACCUCGGAGGCCUUCAGCUCCUAUUUCAGCCGUGUGGGGACCGUCACCGAUACAUAUGACUGUGACGACUUUGACAUCUCUCAGCUCAACCUCACUCCUGUCACCUCCACCACUCCCUCCACUAACUCACCUCCGACCCCGGCCCCCAGACAGAGUUCUCCAUCUAAAUCGGCGGCGUCUCACGUUAGUGACCACAUUGACCACAUCAGUGACCCCCCCACAGACGCCACCGACCCCUCCACAGAUGACUCGUUCGGUGAGGUCGAGGGCAGCCCCAGUCGAAGUGGAGAGGAGGAUGCGGCGUGUGGGUCUGGGUCUCCUUGUCCCAGUGAGACAGCAGUUUCUAGUCCAGCCCAAACCAGUCCACCUGCCAACAGCUAGAUAGACGCUGGCUGGGUGCUGGGGGAAGGAUCUCUGUCUGCAGGGAAAGGAUCCUCUCUAUGCCCAGAUCAACAAAGGGAGGAAAUAAAGAGACUGAAAACUGGACUGACCUACCAAUGCUGACCAACCAACCCCAUGUGUGUGUGUGUUCUCUUUAUCAGCCUUCAC